AUGCGGACAACUACCUUUAUCACGGCGGUAGUGGCCCUCACUGCGUCUGCCAACGCAUGGCUUCCUAAUACCGAAACUCAUGCCUUGAAUGACCACGACAAUGAAAUAUUUGUAUACCCUCUUCGAACAGAGCCUAACAACAAAAGGUGGCUUCCAGCAGCCAAAAAGAUCCGAGGAGUAAACCUCGGCUCUCUCUUCAUCUUUGAGCCCUGGAUCGAUAGCCAAGAAUGGGCCAACACAGGUUACAAAAACUUUCAAGCUCAUUUGAAACGCUGGAUCAAUCAAACCGAUCUCGACGAGAUCCUACACGGUGCCCCCGGUGCUCAAGAACCCAACCAACCCUUUACGGGUCAAUAUGCUCCUACAGUUGGGUUCUAUAGUGACCAAUACUAUGAGCGUGCGAUCGAAUGGCUCGAGUGGAUGACAGACAUGAUCCACACCAAGAAAGAGUAUCGCAAUGUUGGCAUGCUUGAGCUCGUCAAUGAGCCGCUCAACUGGGACAAUGCUGUUGCUUCGCUACGCAAGACCUAUUACCCCAAGGCCUAUAGUGCAAUUCGUAAGGUCGAGGAUAAACUCAAGGUCACCAGCAACAACCGUCUUCAUAUUCAAAUGAUGGGUUCUUUAUGGGGCAGCGGGAAACCAACCGAGUUCCUCAGUGAUACCUCGUUCACGGCUUUCGACGACCAUCGAUACCUCAAGUGGGAUACUAGUGUUGAGGCUUCCCAUGAAGCAUACAUCGAGAAAUCUUGUUCCGAUGACCGCAACACUGACGGCCCCACGAUCGUUGGUGAAUGGUCACUAGCUGUGCCCGAUGAUGUUGAGAAGACCAAUGCUUGGAAUCCUCAUACUCAGAAGGGGUUUUACACCAAGCGGUUCUCUGCUCAAGUGCAUGCAUAUGAAAAGCAUACUCUCGGAUGGGUCUUUUGGACUUGGAAGGCAAAUCUUGGUGAUGACUAUCGCUGGUCUUAUAGAGGUGAGCUCCAAUUUUCAAAACGUACACACGAUUACUAA